AUGGUGGACCAGCUCGUACGGAAAUAUUUCGACGAACUGAAUGUGGUACAUGACUGCGUCGAAGAGACGACAUUUAGAGCAAGCUAUGACUCGUUUUGGAACCGCAAAUGGGGCGACGAUGAUCUCACGUCCGUCGAUUUGCGUUGGCUAAGUUUACUCUUCAUGGUGCUCGCAUUCGCCGUACUUCUGAACAGCUCCCUCGAGGCCACUAUCGAAGCGCAGAGAGACAGCGAAAAAGCCUCUGUGCAAUUUUUCUGGGCGUGCCGAAAGGCAAUUGUGCUGGCGCCUACCUUCACCGGCGAAAGUCCCGAUCUUGUCCGAGCAGGGAUUCUGGCACAGGGGAUGCACAUUGAUGGUGAGACCUGGGGCUUCCCUGCCAAAGUGCUGGAAUCGCGACGCCGUCUCUGGUGCAAAUUUAAGCACUGCACGGAGAUGAAUAUGCGAAAUAUUUGGGUGGACGAUAUGACAUCCGAAGAGGCAGAGUCGGCGACUGAGCAAGCUCUGACGGAACCAACACCAACACUGUACUACAAGUACCAGCAACAACUGUCGGGAAUACUGGGAGACAUCCACGACGAAUGUUAUGGACUAAGUCCAGUGAAUACCUCAUACAGCGCAUACGAAAAGGUACUUAAGCUCGAUUCUGUGUUAACGGAAUGGGCUAGUGCCUUGCCGAGCUAUUUUCAGCUGGAAAAUCCCGACUCAUCCAUGGAUCACGAAAGAUAUUUUCUAUAUUGGCAGAGAAUGUAUCUGCACUCAGCAUAUCAUUUUGCGCGGAUUACUCUGCAUCGAACCUACAUGCUGUUAGAGUCAAUCACGGAUCGAUUUCAGUACAGUCGAGAUGCCUGUAUCAGCUCUGCUUGUGCCGACCUGAAACUCAAGCUAGAGUUUCGGUACAAGACCAUGGCGGACAGGCUCAAGGCUGGUGGGGCCAUGCACAAUCUAUUCAACAGCGCCCUGGUGCUGGGCAUCAUCGCUGUGCGCGAUCCCAUGUCCUCCAGAACGGGUGCGAUCUUGGAGGAUCUGGCCGCCUAUUGCGAAAAGCAAAGAGCGGAUACCUGGGUGAAUGAAUUCGUCCUAAUCGAAGUCAAAGUCAUAGAGCUUUGCAUCUCGACAGCAAAGAAGCUCCGCCGAGAUAACGGCAGCGCGGAACGACGCACUGGGUACGCACCACCGCAAGCCACCGAGUCCAACGUGGAGAUGUCCAGGACGCAGCCUGGAGGUCCCCGAUUCCAGAACGGACUCGUGACCCAGGGACGAAGUGCGAUGGCGGACGAUCCAUCCGCAGAAUGGGAUGCAUCCCUUGCCGGCGAAAGCUGGCUCGAGAACUGGUUUGGCCCAGCCAGGAACUUCUCCGAGCCUAUAGACUAUCAGUUCUGGGAGGACCUGGUGGGAACCAUGGAGGCCCGGCAGUGA